GCGUUGGCGACCUUUGACCUCCGAGUGAAGGCUGAGAGAAAGGGCUUCUGGGACCGACCGGCCCCGACAACACAAAAAACGCCAAGCCGCAGCUGUGCGGGCCCGGGACACGACAGCUCCGGAGACCGAGGCGCGUAGGUCUAGCGGAUGUCUUCGGUGUGUUAGGGUCUACGGAAAGAUGCUGCCUUAUUCGUGUGGCUUCCAUUAGAGAUCGUUUUUGUUCGCGUCACCGGAGAGACGCUGUGUAGGCGUCAGGGAAGAGACGGCAGAUCACGGAAAACUGAGCAGCCCGGCGGACAAAGGCUGCGCUGUGUUUGGGCACGGGAGAGCUGGAAGUGGACGGCCUGCAAUUUCAGAAGCUUGGAUGUGGUUCUGAGCUUUAAUGUUGCGGUUUCGCUUUGUUUUACUACAAAUUACAGAACCACUCGAUGACUUCUUUUGUUACUUUUUCGAGGAAAAAUUAAUAGAGCUUGCGGCAUGUUUUACUCAUUUUGUUUUGAAAUUGAUUUUCCGCCCCUGAUGGCAUAAAGAUGACCCGUAUGAGGAGCUGAGGGUGUGCAGUGGCAAGGCUUUGUUCAGAAAUAAAUUAGGAGAAGCCAAAUGUGUUCUCUUACCUGAGUAAUCGGCGGUCGGCCUUUAUUGUAUUAUUAUUCAGUCAGUCGAGUGUUUGCAGCGGCCGCCUGCCUGAUUUUUUUCUCACAUUAGCCCAAAACGUCUCGUUGUAAGGAAUAUUUGCUAGCAAGUCUCCAGACCCCGUCCUUCAUUGAACAUCUGUUGCUAUUAUGGCCCACGGUUUUUUGUCACGAAGAAGACGACUCUUCUCCCUGUGGAGCUUUGUCUGUGGGACUGCCGCUGCUUUCAUUGUGCUGGGAAAUGGAGUUCAUGCAGAGCACAAUGAAAAUGUGUACAUUUCCAGUAUGUCAAAUGCUUGUGGAGAUGUACCGGAGCAAGUUAGGGCACCAAGUGGAAUCAUCACAAGUCCUGGAUGGCCUUUUGACUACCCAUCUAGAAUUAACUGCAGCUGGUACAUUAGAGCCAACCCUGGAGAAAUUAUAACUAUCAGCUUUCAAGAUUUUGAAAUUGAGAGUUCUCACCGUUGUGGUUCUGACUGGAUUUCCAUUGGCACGUACAAAAAUCUUGAUGGCUACAAAGCUUGUGGCUCAUCAAUACCUGCACCAUACAUAUCUUCUCAGGACCACAUUUGGAUCAAAUUUCAUUCAGAUGACAGCACUUCUGGGAAAGGCUUCAGGCUUUCUUACGUAACAGGGAAAUCAGAAGAGCCCAGCUGCGACUGGGAUCAAUUUCACUGUGCUAAUGGAAAAUGUAUUCCUGGUACUUGGAAGUGCAACACCAUGGAUGAAUGUGGAGACAAUUCUGAUGAGGAGCUGUGUUCACAGUCAAACCCACCCACUGCAUUUUCUUUUCAGCCCUGUGCCUUUAACCAGUUCCAAUGUCUUUCACGUUACACAAGAGUGUACACAUGCCUUCCAGAAUCCCUCAAGUGUGAUGGCAACAUUGAUUGUCAAGAUCUAGGAGAUGAAAUUGAAUGUGAUGUUCCAAUGUGUGGAGAGUGGCUCAGAAAUUUCUAUGGUACGUUCAGCUCUCCCAACUAUCCCGAUUUUUAUCCUCCUGGUAGCAACUGUACUUGGCUAAUUGACACUGGUGACCAUCGUAAAGUCAUAUUGCGUUUUACUGAUUUCAAACUUGAUGGAACUGGAUUUGAGGACUAUGUAAAAGUUUAUGAUGGCUUAGAAGAGAAUCCUUACAGACUUUUACGGGUGUUGACUGCUUUUGACUCGCGUGCCCCAGUGACUGUAGUAUCUUCAUCUGGACAAAUACGGGUUCAUUUCUAUGCAGAUAAAAUAAAUGCAGCUCGUGGAUUCAAUGCAACUUACCAAGUAGAUGGAUUCUGUUUGCCAUGGGAAAUACCAUGUGGUGGCAAUUGGGGCUGUUACACUGAGCAACAACGCUGUGAUGGCUAUUGGCACUGUCCAAAUGGAAGGGACGAAGUCAAUUGCAGUACAUGCCAAAAAGAUGAGUUUCCAUGCUCUCGAAAUGGAGCAUGCUACCCCCAUUCGGAUCGAUGCAACUACCAAAACCACUGCCCCAAUGGAUCUGAUGAAAAAAACUGCUUCUUUUGCCAGCCAGGUAACUUCCACUGUAAGAACAAUCGAUGUGUGUUUGAAAGUUGGGUUUGUGAUUCUCAAGAUGACUGUGGAGACAGCAGUGAUGAGGAGAACUGUCCAGUGAUUGUCCCAACCCGCGUUAUAACAGCAGCUGUUAUUGGUAGCCUCAUCUGUGGUCUUUUACUUGUUAUUGCUCUUGGAUGUACAUGCAAGCUGUACUCGCUGAGGAUGUUUGAAAGAAGAUCGUUUGAAACCCAACUGUCAAGAGUUGAAGCAGAGUUGCUUAGAAGGGAGGCCCCUCCAUCCUAUGGACAGUUAAUUGCACAAGGCCUUAUUCCUCCUGUGGAAGAUUUCCCGGUUUGUUCAGCAAAUCAGGCUUCUGUCCUAGAAAAUCUGCGACUUGCCGUACGCUCUCAGCUUGGUUUUACCUCCAUUAGACUUCCAUCAGCUGGACGAAGCAGCAGUAUUUGGAGGCGACUCUUCAAUUUUGCCAGAUCGAGACGCUCAGGAUCUUUGGCUUUAGUGUCUGCUGAUACUGAGGAUGGCUCUAGUGACAACCUUACUCGGGAUCCAGAAAGGAACAGUGUGCGCAGAAGUCUGCUUCCUUUGGAUUCCGAUGACACUGACACAGAGGGGGACAGACGCGAUGUUCCAGGAGCAGUUGGUGGUGUUGCAGCGGCACUGCCGCAUAAGACUCCACCAGUGUCUGCUGUGGAAGUAGCACUGGGUGCAUCUUCCAUAAGUUCAGCAGGUCAGCAGGCGUGCAGGAAUACAACAGAAAAUUCAAGAGAAGCAGGAGCCGUUGAGCUGCCCAGUGUUAGUCCAAGGAGACACCAAAUAACCAGUGCACUUAGCCGUAUGACCCAAAGUCUUCGCUGGGUACGCUUUUCUCUUGGGAGAUCUCCUGCAUUAAAUCAGAACCAAAGUCCUUUGAGGCAGCUCGAUGGCAGUGGUGGCGAGAGAGAGGAAGACGACGAUGUGGAAUUACUGAUUCCUGUAUCUGAUGGAGCAGCAGAUAUUGACUUAAGUGACUGUUCUAGGCCUUUACUUGAACUUGCAGCAGAGCAUGGUCAAGGGCCUGUGCAGUCUAAUCCAGGCACAUUGCACAGAACGAGAUCAACGAACAGGGAUGGCCCAUGUGAACAUUGUGGUAUUGUACAUACGGCUCAGAUACCAGAUGUAUGCUUGGAAGCGACUGUCAAAAGUGAGACGAGUGAUGAUGAAGCAUUGCUGCUUUGUUAAGUGCUCAGUUGCAAUAUUUUAAUGGUACAAGUUUAGGCACCUGUUUUAAGCCUGCCUUUUUAUUUUUUCCUUUGGUUUAUGAUAAACCCAUUUUAAAUUAAACAUUAAAACAAAAAGACACCUAUACUCCAUGUUAUAACUUAACGUGCUCAUUGAAAGCAUUGUGUCUUACAAAGGCUUUGGGGUUUUUAUUUAAUUGUUGCAGACAUUUAUUGCUGUGAUCUUUGACCUCAGCACCACUUUCACAGUCAGCAGUCUAUGGUGAAGCAUCAACGUCUCUGCGAUUCUCACAUCCUACUGGUUACAACCUGAUCCUGUAUCCCUCUUACCACCCGAAACACAGUGCGGAACAGUGCACCUUUCCUUAAGAUUUUUAGGUGACAGUGGUUCCUGCGCUUUUGCUGCCUUUUUAAGGCCGAAUGGCCUAACAAAUAUAAAAAUACCAGUACACACGCACUCUGCUGCCACCACGGUGCUGGGUGUCUCUCUAUGCAUACAUAUGUAUGAUCUCCCAUGGACCGAAAAACAGGUAAUUGGUACGCUGCCAUUUUCCAGCUGUUUUAUUAUUUUUGCAGAUGGGUAAAAAUGUCUGACAAAAAAAUUUUAAUUUAUUUAUUACCUUUUUUUUGUAACUUAAAUGUUUUGGUACUGAAUGUGUUACUGUGUGAGUGUAUUUAUUCAGAUUUUCAUUUUGCUAGGUGGUAUUGGAGAAGCAUGUAAAACUGUCUUGUGCAUUUUUGUUGUGAUAUGCUAUUAUUAAAAUUGUUCACUGAAGAAAA